AUGUCUUCUGCCGUCGACAACCUCGCCGACAACCUUCAGAACGCCUCUGUCGAGGACACCCACACCCAGGCUCAAGCAGAGGCCAUCUCUGCUUCUGCCGCCGAAGGUCGUCGUCUGUAUAUCGGGAAUCUCGCUUAUGCGACUACUGAGGAACAACUCAAGGAAUUCUUCUCUGGCUACGAUGUCGAGAGCACCUCCAUUCCUGUCAACCCUCGCACAAACCCCAUCUCCAACCUCUCGGGCAAGGACAUCCUUGAACGCAAGGUUAGCGUGCAGCUCGCUCGCAAGCCAGAAGACAACGAGAAGAAGGCUGAGGGAGGUGAGAACAAGGAGCGAGGCCAGGGACCUCGUCGUGGCGGUCGUGGCGGCCGUGGUCGCGCUGGGCGUGCCCGUGGUGGUCGUACAGGUGCAACCACGACCGAGGCUGCUCUUGCCGACACCACCAACGAGCCUGCCAAGGAAGCUACACCUGCCGACAAGACUGCCACACCACGUGCUCCCAAGCAGCGAGGUCCUCCCGAGGACGGUAUUGCCUCAACAACCAAGGUCAUGGUCGCUAAUCUGCCUUACAACCUGACCGAGGACCAGCUCAAGGAACUCUUCUCUGCCUACGAGCCCCUCUACGCCAAGAUCGCCCUUCGACCUAUUCCUCGCUUCAUGGUCAAGAAGCUGCAAGCCCGUGGUGAGGCUCGCAAGGGCCGUGGCUUCGGCUUCGUCACCCUGGCGUCCGAGGAGCAGCAGCAGAAGGCCGUUGCCGAGAUGAACGGCAAGGUCAUCGAGGAACGUGAGAUCGCCGUCAAGGUCGCAAUCGACAGCCCCGGCAAGGAAGAUGGUGCAGAGGCCGCCGAGGGGGAUGCUGCCACCAAUGGUACCAACGGUGCCACCGAGACCGCCGCUGCUGCCUAA